UGUCAAAUGUAACAAAAUGUCGCACAUUAUUAAAAACGCUGGAAAUUUUUCAAAUGAUAAAAUAUAAUAAAUAUUAGAAAUAUUAUUAUUUUUCAUUGCUCUUUACUAUAUAUGUAUGUAUGUACGUUUAUAUGUACAUCUCCAUAGAAACCAUUCAUCUGAAUGCAAAUCAAUUUAAGUAACAGUUUCAAGACAUGAAUAAAGUUAAUAGUCCACACAGUUAGUGCCAUUAAAUGUUUAAUUAAUAACUAAAUCAGUGAUUUACAAAUAAAUGAAAAAAGACUAAAAAAAUUAAAGAACUAAUUAAUAUUUUUCUGAAGAUGAUUGAUCAUUCUGAAAUUUCAAAUACAAAUUUAGAAGAUAUUACAAAAGCAUUAGAAGAUAUGGAUAGUUUAGAUAUAAAAUUAUUUAAUAAUACAUUUAAGAAAUCAAAUUCUACAAGCAUUUUUAAAGAUUCUAAUAUUCAAUCUGAUGGAGAAAUUAAAAAAAAAGUUCUAUUUAAAGAUUCUAAUGAGGAUUUAUUAGUUGAUUUGUUAUCCGAUGAAGAAAUCUCUGAAAAAGAAGAGAAAAAUCUAUUUACAUCUAAUAGUUUAAUGAAAGAUCUUUUCAAAAUUAAAAAUCCAGUUACAUCUGCAACUAUUAAAUCAAACAAUGAGCUGGAAUUUCAGUUUCAGCAAGGAGAAUCUAAUCAAUUGUUUUCUCAAAAACUAAAUGGUUACUCAACUUCUGAGAAUAAUCUUAUUUCUCAGACUGAAUUAUCCAAACAAAAAAAUACACAAAAAUUAAAAAGUAUACCUCAAAAUGGAAAGAGUAAUUUAGCAAGUUUAAUCAAUAAUGAUGCAAUAGAUAAAGCAAAGAGAGCAAAAGAGCAUUUAUUUGAAAAUCAGCCUCAUUUAUCAAAUGUUAUGGACUCUAUAAUUUCUAAAAAUAUUAAAAAAGCAGAAUCACAAACUAUAAAUACUAUACAAGAAUCAAAAUUGAAUACUAAUGAUCUAUUGACUAAACCUGCUACAAAAGAAUUUCGUAGAGGUAGGAGAAAUACAAAAAUCAUAAAUGAUCCUCUUGGUUUAUUAUCAGAUCAAAAUUUUGAAUUGGUAUCAAAUGAAAAUGUUCCAACUAAAAAUUCCUUUGUACAAAAUACCAAAACAGAAAAUGAUUUACCAGAAUGGUUGAGUGAUUCAAAAAGAUUAGGAGAUAAAAAAUCAGAAACAAAGAUAGGAACAGCUAAAACUGAUAAAGCAAUUGCUUCUAAACAAAAUAUUGAAGUUCACAACACAAAUAAUAGAGUAGAUUUAGAAACAUCUAGUGGAAAUAAUUUAGAAGAUACAUCUAUUUUUCAAGAACAUUCUACACCGUUAUUUGAUACACAACUGACACUAAAUCAACAAAAUUCACUCGUAAAUAUAAAACAAGAAACUGAAUUAGAAACAGCAGCAAUGCUUUUCCAACAAAGUGAACAACUAAAUAAAAUAUCAAAUACUCAACAUUCCAUACUGCAUAAUCAAGAGGAACAAUUUAAUGCUCUUCUAAAAUUACAGUUAGAAAAACAAACUUUACUGGAGAAACAAAUAAAACUGCAGCAAGAACGCAUUAAUCAAUAUAUUCAUGUUUUAACGACACAAUUAAGGCCAAUAUCAAGUAUUACAUCAAUUUAUACAAAUUGCAACUCAGAUGUAAGUGAAGAAGAAAAAAAAUUUCUAAAUGAAAUAAAAGAAAUGAAAGAUGUAAUAAAAAAACUAGAGGGAGAAAAAUCAAAAUUAGAAUAUAAGUUAUCCAUUAUAAACGAAAAACAUGAUAAUGAAAUAACAUUUCAAGCAGAAUUUUAUGAGAAGCAAAUCUCAUUUUUGAGAGAAGUAAUAACAAAAUCAGAAGAAAGAGUUAAACAAGAAAUAGAACGUUUAGAAGUAGAUUAUAUGACAAAAUUUGAAAAAUUAAGAAAUGACAAGUUACAAAUAGAAAACCAAUAUAAAGAAGAAAUUCAUAAUCUAAAGAACAAACAUGCUCAACACAUAGAAGAACUUUGUAAACUACAUUCUGAAAAUGUAAAACUCUUACAAAAAGAAUAUUGUGAUAUAAUAGAAAGUAUAUCUAAAGCCAAGCAAAUAGAAGAUCAAACGAUUGAAGUUAUGACAACUCGAAAAACAGAUAUAGAGGAUAUAUUAGAAAAAGCUAGUGUUAUUAUUGAAGGGAUGGUAGAAAACAAAAAUGUAUUGGAAAUUAAAUAUGAUGAAAUAAAGAAAUCUCAAGCAAAUAUUUUAAAAUUGCAGGAAGAUGAUCUGAAAGCACAAAAACUUGAAUUAAAGUAUCACAACAAUGUUUUGGAAGAACAUCGUAAUAAAUUUAUACAAACAACAGAGAAAUUUGACACUCACCUUACACAACUUAUAACUGAACUUCAAAAACAAAGCACACUGUACUAUCAAGCAAAAGAAACGCUUGAUAAGAAAGUAGCAAAUCUCUUACGAGAAAGAGAAUUAUUUGAAGAAAAAAUGAAAUGGGAACAAGAGUUUAUGCAGGCAUUAAAAGAAUCCUGGAUAAAAGAACAAGAGAAACAAUUAAAAUUACUUGCAGAGGAAAAAGAAGUAAUAGCGACUGAAAAAGCACAAUUAGAAGUUUUAAAUAAAUUAAAAAGUAAUAAUAAUGAAGCUGUUAAAGUAGAGUUGGAAACUGCUACUAAAAUUGCACAGGAUGCAAAUGUAUCUGCUAAUCGAGAAAAAUUAAAAUGGCAAGAAAAGAUUAACGAACUUAAUAUUUACAAGCAAAUUCUACAAGAUAAAGAAAAUUUGCUUAUUUUACGUGCCAAAGAACUUGAAUAUCUUACACAGUCAGUUCUAACUAAAAAAGAAGAAGGAAUGAAAGUUUUAAAGAAUGCAAAACAUUUGGAAAAUCAAAAUAAAGAAAAAUUUAAUCAGUUACAAAUACAGAUUCAAGCAUUAAUGGAAAGGGAAAAAAAGAUUGCAACUGAAAGAUACAAUACUACAAAAGGUAAAAUUAAAAAAGUUACAUCCACUUAUGAAAUUGAAACACCCGAAAGGGAUCCAAAUGUUUCACAUAACAAAAUAAUACCUUUCUCUGAAAUGAAAUCAAAUUCUGAAAUCACUACAGAAUUAAUGGUAAGAAAAUUGAUUAGUUUUUUAAAGUUAUUUAAUUUUUUAAGAGCAUUUAUUUGUUGCAGAGUGUGGUGGAUCCAAAUUUAAUUAUGUUAAAAUUGAAUAUGAAUAAUGAGUAUAACUCUAUCAACAAAUACAUGUAAGAAUUAAUAUUUUAUA